AUGGCAAACAAAAAAACACUAUGUUUUACAUGCAAUAAAGAAAAAAUAACACAUUCUUGUGAAGGAUGUUCAAAAGACUUUUGUUCAACAGAAGAUCGUCAAAUAUUAAAUAAUAAAUUGCAUCAUAUCACCCAUGAAUAUAACGAAUUUAAACAAACAAUGAAUGAACAAAAACAAAAUCCACAAAAACAUUCAUUAAUAAAACAAGUUAACCUAUGGGAAAUAAAAUCAAUUGAAAUAAUUCAACAAAAAGCACAAGUAUAUAGAAAAAUUGUCAUUGAAUCUUUACGAACAUGUAUUAAUGAUAUUGAAAUGAAAUCUAAAGACUUGAAUGAACAAAUAAAACAAAUAGGUGAGAAAAAUGAAUUUAAUGAAAUUAAUUUAAACGAUUUAAGAAAUGAAUUGAUGAAAAUUACAGAAGAAUUACAUAAUCCGUCAAAUAUGUCUAUUCAAGAAAAUUCCCAACCGUUCAUGAAUGACAUUUCAAUCAUUUUAUCAAAAAAACCAAAAUUCAACAAAUGGAAUCAAAAUGCCAUCACUGUGGCUGCUGGAAAUAGAGAAGGACAACAAUUAAAUCAACUCAAUCGCCCUGUUGGAAUUUUUAUUGAUAAAAGCAAAAAUAUUUUUAUUACUGAUUGUUAUAAUGAUCGCGUUGUUGAAUGGAAAUAUAAUGCAAAGAUAGGACAAAUCAUUGCAGGUGGAAAUGGCAAAGGAGAUCGAAUGAAUCAAUUGUAUUGUCCAACAGAUAUGAUUGUUGAUCAACAAAGUGAUUCCAUCAUUAUUGCUGAUUGGAGGGGCAGACGAGUGAUUCAAUGGUUGAAUCGAAAUCAACAAAUUCUCAUUGACAAUAUUGAUUGUUAUGGCUUGGCAACGGAUAAAUAUGGAUUUCUCUAUGUUUCUGAUAGUGAGAAAGAUGAAGUGAGGCGAUGGGAAAUGGGUGAAUACAACAACGAAGGAAUUAUAGUGGCAGGUGGAAAUGGACAAGGAAAUCAACUAAAUCAACUUCAUGCUCCUCGUUUUAUCUUUGUUGAUGAAGAUCAGUCUGUUUAUGUAUCAGAUAGUAAGAAUGAUCGUGUGAUAAAAUGGAGAAAAGGUGCAAAAGAAGGAAAAAUUGUGGCCGGAGGAAAUGGAAGAGGAGAAAAUCUCAAUCAAUUUUUUGAACCUCGAGGAUUAAUUGUUGAUGAUUUAGGUCAAAUCUAUGUGACAGAUAGGGAGAAUCAUCGAGUAAUGCGUUGGUGUGAAGGAAAAGAAGAAGGUGAAAUUAUUGUUGGGGGGAAUGGUGGAGGAAAUCAAUCAAAUCAAUUGAAUGGUCCCUGUGGUUUAUCUUUUGAUGAUGAAGGAAAUCUGUAUGUUCCUGAUUAUUGGAAUCAUCGAAUUCAAAAAUUUGAAGUAAUCCUGUGA